UCCAAUCCUAUCAAGAAAUGCCGUAAUUAAGUUGGUACUGAAGGCUGGCAGGUGCAGGAGGGUAGGCUUCUUGUUACACUAGAUCUGCUUACAAUUUUUGGGAAGCUAGACUUCUUAAAAAAUGGGAGUAUCCUGAGCAAACCAUAGUCACAGGCCACUUUCAAGCCCCUCUAAAAAAUAUUAUGAGAUAUUGGCAGAUAGAUCUAAAAUAAUUACUGUCAGAUCACAAACAGGAUGACCAAUUUGUUACAAAAGACUAGAACAUAUGCCACUUUCUAGGACUUUUCCAAAUGUUGCCUUAGGAUCGAGUACGAUCAUAACACAGAAAUAAACAAGAUAUAAUUGAGUAUGUCUUGAGGAAAAAAAAAAUACAGUGAAACAGGCUCUGGUUUCCAUCAUCUGAGGUUUCCUGUGCAUGGGAGAAAAUGAAACCAGACAUGUGCUAAUUCCUAUCUGUGAACUCAGCGAAUGCUGACGUGUGUGAGGAAUUGGACAGCUCUUGUGAAGGUGGAGUAAGAGGAAUGGCCAUUCAGCUGACUUUUACCUGUCUAUGGCCAGCUUUCUCCAUGUUCCUCUUUUCCAUGAGUUCUUCCAGUCCUUGUUUGCAGAGAGGGCUGUGAAGGAGUGUAAGGGGAAAUCGAUAAAGAUGAGGCAGAAUUGGAUGCUAACUAGGGGAAACAUAAGAACAGUGCAAGCAUGGAGUGGUGCUUCCACGGUGUACUCUUGCUGUUGGUGAUCGUUUUGGGGUCAGUGGUUUGGUUUUAAUAACCCUGGUAGUUUUUCUGUGGAUUUUUCCAGUUGCCUCUUGAAUCCAUAUGACAUUGUAGCAUUGACGACAGCUUGUGACAAGGCUCGUGACGUUUUGUGAAGAACACCCCGUGGUACCUGUGAGCCAAACACCUGCUGGUUGGAUUUGGUAGUCUUCAGUUCUGUCGUGGAAUGAGACAGUGAACCUGAUCCCUGUUCGUUUCCCUGUGCCUGUAAGAGAUUUAUAGACCAUUUGUAGUGGAAAUGCAGUCUUCUGUCAUCUUCAGGUGGUUGAGGCAUACAGAAUUUUUGAACAAAAACGAGUUAUAGGAGCAAAACAACUAUGGUGAGAUGGAAUAUUGAAAAUCUUAAGGCUUUGGAAAUACAGCUGUGGUUGUGUUGUGUUGUGUUAUCUUCCCAAAGUGUCCUGAUCAGAGGAUAUUAUAGAAUAGUUAAACAUAGAGUAUGAGAUAGCUCAACAUGAACUUUAACCGUCGAGAUCAUUUAAAAAGUGAACAGAACAGUAUUUUUUCUUCUGAGAGCUGGCUACAGGAUUCAGAGUUUCUCCUGCAGUGCAGUCAUAUUCACUACCUUUUCCUGAAACAGGACAUGGAGCUUUGUUUCUUUCUUCACGUUAGGUGCUAACAAAGUUAUUUGUUUCAUCAGAGGAAAUGCAGAUCCAUGAAAUUACAUUUUGUGCAAAUGAUCAAAGUACUUGGUACAGGAGGGAAUUCUCUUGUGAAGUGCUGAAAUAACAAGUGCACCUAAUAAAAGCCCAGAGGUUGUCGUUAACUCUGUUGGCAAUGUCUAUGAUCUUGUCUGCCUCUGUGGUCCGUGUGAGGGAUGGGCUCCCACUGUCUGCAUCCACUGAUUAUGAGCAGAGCACGGGAAUGCAAGAAUGUAGAAAAUAUUUUAAAAUGCUCGCAAAGAAACUUUCUCAGCUUCCUGAUAGGUGUACUCUGAAAACUGGACAGUAUAACAUAAACUUUAUAAGUUCCCUGGGAGUAAGCUAUAUGAUGUUGUGCACUGAAAAUUAUCCCAGUGUCCUGGCUUUCUGCUUCCUGGAUGAGCUUCAGAAAGAGUUCAUCACUACCUACAAUAUGAUGAAGACAAAUACUGCAAUCAGACCAUACUGUUUUAUAGAGUUUGAUAAUUUCAUUCAGAGGACCAAACAGAGAUACAACAACACACGUUCUUUGUCAACAAAGAUGAAUCUUGCUGACAUGCAGACAGAGAUCAAACUGAGACCACCCUACCAAAUUUCCGUGUCAGAACUUGGCUCAGCGAAUGGCUUUGCACAUAUAUCUGUGGGGGAGUAUAAGGGUACUGGUAAGAUAUCUGCAGCUCCUCAUCAGCGUCUGGAACCUGUGACUCUGCCAGGGAUUGUCUCAUUCGUGCUUAGUCUGUUAUGUGGAGCUUUGAAUUUAAUUCGUGGCUUUCAUGCCAUUGAAAGCCUUCUCCAGAAUGAAGGUGAAGAUUUCAGCUAUGUUAUUGCAUUUUUUCUUGGAACGGCAGCCUGUUUGUACCAGUGUUACCUGUUUGUGUACUACACGGGCUGGAGGAAUGCCAAAUCCUUCCUGACCUUUGGGCUGAUUUGCCUGUGUAACAUGUAUCUGUACGAACUGCGCAACCUGUGGCAGCUCUUCUUUCAUGUGACUGUGGGAGCAUUUUCUACCUUACAAAUCCGACUGCGACAACCACAGGGAAAGUCCCCUGAUUACAAUGUCUGACAAGUCCUGGAACAUUUAGAGGAAGUCUUGUUCCAGUAGUUUUUCACUCUCAGGAAUGUAAAACUGUUCUCCAAAAGAAGAAGCUGUUUGGAUGGGUUUUUUUGGUUUUUUUUAAAAUAAAUCAGUGUAAGAUGCCUGUGGACAUUUUUCACUUGAUGGUUGAACUUUUUUUUAAUUAUUUUUUUUAUUUUCUUGAAAAGGGCACAAAAGAGUAGGGACUAGAGGAGGAAAGUGGAGCAUAUCGUGGAGUGAAAUGUAUGUAGGGACACCAAUUUUGAGGAAUUUGACUUGGUGCAUAAAAAAACUUCAUUCAAAAGUAUGUUAAUGGAGGAAUGUGUAGAGUAUGUGUUCUGCAUAUCAUGCAAGCUUUUCACUUCCAAAAUCAGUUUUGCCUUUGUGAGGCAGUAGGGAAUAGGCUAAAUAAGUAAUAAUAAUAAUGCUAUUGCAUAUUAGCAAACUAGAUGUGGAAUAUGUAAGAUACCAGAUUUUGGAAUGUUUUGUUUCAUGUUGACAUAUAUAUGAAUGUUUUCUUAAUUAAAAUGUAACCUGGAAACUCAGUUUCUGGGGAUCAGCUUCACCCAUGGCCCUCUGUCUAGUGCUGUAAGUUCUUUAAUGUUUUUUCAUUUAUCAUUUUCUUUUAAUUAUCAUUUGAAAGUGAUCUAUGUAGACAGAGUUCCUUUUUAGUAAUUAUUCAGAAAGUUCUACCACUUAACCCAGGAUUUUUGUGCACUUGUGUUUGGACUCUGGAAGGGUUGAAAGAAAACUGAUUGGUGAGUAAAUUGAGUGACUUGUACUUGCUGGACUAUUGUUCUUUUUAUAUGUUUUUCAUUACUUUCAGAUAUGGAUAAAUAAUUAGCUCAAACCUGAGAUAAAAACUGGUGACAGGAAAAUAAUAAAUCAGUCUGUUUAGCUUAAACAAGAAAA